AUGUCCUACUCUCACAACAACCAGCUAAAUAUGGUUAGCCUGUUUGACGAGGAAUAUCCACAACCCUUCAACAAGUGCAGUUACGACAUGACGCGUCUUCACCCCAACAAUCCCUACCACGGCCUCCCUGGUCAGGCUGCCGCCGUCGCUCCCAUCAAGAUCGAGGAAGGUGCUGCCCCUGUGAGUUAUACCCCCACAUAUGACAGCGACUACGUCGAAAGCGAUCGCGACGACCGGCGACCAUCCAAGAUCCCGAAGAUCAACAAGGAUGGUGUGCCCCGCAAGCCACGCCAGCCUCGUCCCAAGCUACUCAAGUGGAGUGACAACGAUUGGAAGAACGUAGUUCUCGGUAUCGUCUGGGCCUGCGGUGAGACUGGCGUUCAGAUACCUUUCGACCAGGCUGCUCAGGUUGUUGGAGAGAGUUGUACUGCUGGCGCACUCCAACAGGCUAUCUUGAAACUGCGCGGCAAACAGAUCGACGAGGGAUACGAGAUUCCAUCGUUGAGAAUGGCGUGGACGCGCAAGAACAAACGUGCAUCUUCUUCGGCGUCCAGUGCUAAUGCAAAGCCUCAGCAGACAACCGGUCAAGGUCAAGGCCUUACGACUCAGUCCCGUCCGUCUCUUAUCGUCAAGCUCAAGGCUCCACUUCUUACUGACAGGAACUGUCACGGUGGUGUUACCAUUGGCAAGAACUACAUUGCACCCAUUGAACCUCAGUUUUCCAUGGCUGAUGAUAUCCAUUCCACUGGUGGCCGAGGCAUCACUGUCGUUAGCGGUCUUCCAAAUGUUCCCAGUGACUCCGGUCCCAAGUACCCCGAUAUUGUCAAGCAAGCCGUUCCAACUCAGUACAAGCGCGGCGCUGGCAUGGACUUCGACUUCGAGAAGUACAUCAAGGAGAUGGAGGCGCAGAACUACGAGGAGGAUGUCAAGGACCAUGCUGAGUAUGACUUUGUCAGUAACGACUCGCAUGAGGAUCUUCUUGCGUCGUCCGAGGCUGAGCAAGCUGCCAUGAGUGGGUUCCUUCCCGAGAUGUCUUCUCCGUUGGACCAUACUUAUGAUUCUCCUUACAGCUUCUUCUCCCAAGCCUCGUCCUGUAUUCACCCGUUGGAUCCAGCUUCCUCCUCGCAGCAAGGCCUCCAGGAAGCCUUUCCACUACCAACUCAUCUAGACACCAACCACUUCCAUGACUUCUUCGCACACGACGCAUUUCCCAACUGCGGAUAUGAGUACGAAUUCAACGCAGGACACUAG